CCGAGGGUAAGAAGGAGCAUAAAAACAUUGCAAGCUGCAGCGUCGGGGUAUUGCAGCCCUGUCAAAGUAGCGUUCGUGCGCUGCAUUUUAUUUUAAAAACAAAACCGAGACCUCGUCGGGUGCCGAUUCUUCUGCAUGUUCGCAAUUUAUAAUUUUUAUUCAUGUAUUUUUAAAUAUAUUACACACCGACAGAACUAACUCUUAGCACACGGUAUCAUGACCCAGUUACAGCACACUGUUUACAGUAAGCGAUCUUCUGCUACACGCGUCUCCUCUCUGCUGUUUUUAAUUGUCCUGCACACUGUCUCUUGUUACAAACCCAUAAUCAUAGUGCACGGGUUAUUUGACAGCUCCAGCGACUUUCACACCCUCCUCGGCUACAUCAACAAGACUCACCCCGGCACCAAUGUCACGGUCAUCGACCUCUUCGAUCACAGCGAGAGCCUGCAGCCUAUGUGGAAACAAGUGGAGGGCUUCAAGGACGCCAUCUAUCCCAUCAUGCAAAACUCAGCCAAAGGGGUGCAUCUCAUCUGCUACUCUCAGGGCGGGCUGGUGUGUCGCGGGAUUCUCUCCACUCUUCCGGAUCACAAUGUGGACACCUUCAUCUCCCUGUCCUCUCCGCAGGCUGGUCAGUACGGAGACACGGAUUAUCUGAAGUGGGUGUUCCCCACUUUGGUCAAGACCAAUCUCUUUCACUUCUGUUACACUCGCGUGGGGCAGGGCUUGUCCAUCUGCAACUACUGGAACGAUCCUCACCACCAGGACAUGUACUUGAAUAGCAGCGAUUUCCUGGCCAUUUUAAACAAUGAACGAGAGAAUCCAGACGCUGCAGUCUGGAAGAAGAAUUUCUUGCGAAUCAGGAAGCUUAUUUUAAUCGGAGGUCCAGACGAUGGUGUCAUCACACCUUGGCAGUCCAGCCACUUUGGGUUCUACGAUAAGAACGAGACGGUUGUGGAGAUGAGAGACCAGAUGGUUUAUCUGAAGGACACGUUUGGUCUGAAGACCCUGGAUGCCAGGGGAGACCUGGUUGCCUAUGAGAUGAGCGGCGUGCAGCACAUCAAGUGGCACUCCAACCAGACCGUCUACACAGAGUGCAUCGCCAAGUGGCUUACAUAAACAGUACCACGGAUAAACUGCAGAACACACCUUCUUUACUGUCAACCUGCAACCCUUUUUAGUGGUUCCUUUUGCAGUUUCUCAAAUACUGGGUUUGUUAAGUCUGUGUCGAGGUGGCUUGGCGCUCAGGAUCUGAUCCUCAGUUCCAGUUGCCUGCUAUUGUAGUGUAAUCCAGAUUCACAAGUGUGUCCUUUUUAUAUGAGAGUGCACCGUAGUGCACAGCUGCAGGAAUUAGAACAGGAUAUCCAAACUAUUAAGUUUUAGAGUAUACUAAAAAAGAUUUCUAGUCAAAAUGUUUGAUAUUGGUCUAGCCCGUGUUGCAUAAAUCUAUGCCAGGCAGCUAGCACUGAAGAGCAGCUUCUGAGAUCAGGUGAAAGCACCUUAACACAGUCUUGUCAAAAAAAAAAGAAUUCAAGUCUUUCACUAACUGCACUGUUGCAACGAGAAGCGCUCAAAGAUUGCAAACAUCCUAAAAUGAAAAACGAAGGACAUUUCAAAAGGGAAAACCUGUCAUUUGAACUUACAUUUUUAAAUAAUAAUAAUAAUAAUAAUAAUGA